CGGCGGCGGCCCUAUGAGCGGCGGCGGCGGGGCGGCGGGGCCGCGCUUAUAUGGGUACGGCGGCGCGCUGCCGCCGGCCGCGCUCCUGCGCCGAGGGCUCGCCGAGGCAGCAGCAGUGGUUGCGGAGCGGCGGUAUCGCGGGUUGGCGGCGCCGCGGCGGGAACGGCCGUGGCUGGCUCCGUUCCUCCUCCCUUCUCCUCCGCGCUGGGCUGCGCAAGUCCCACGCCCGGCUUUCCUCCUCCUUGUCCUGCCGCCGGCGCGCGCACUGCGGAUCGCGCAACGGGAGAGAGGGACGUUCUGACGCUGCGAUCCCCGCUUUUUGUUUUUACUUUUAAAAAUACUAUUAUUUUCGCCACGCUCUUUCUGCGCCCGUUCCGCUCAAGGGUCUUUGCCGGCGACAAGGACAGCAGUGCCCCCCCAGGGAAGCCGGAGCCCUGCGGAUGCGCCUCCCCGGGACCGGUGGAGCUGACUCGAAGUGGAUUUAUUGACUCGCGGUUGCUUCUGAGCUCCCUGAAACAGCCUGGGCUGGUGCCUGCGCGGAUUGCAAACUGCAGGGAGCACUGAGAGGCACACGGGGGGUGGCCUCCUGCCGAGGCCGGGUCCCUCUCCCUCUACUCCUUUAUUUCUCCAACCACCAUUUGUUUUACCUUUUUUUUUUCCCUACUCCGUUUCACGCCAGCAUUAGACACUGUGAACGUGUAUGGCGCACUGGAUCCAAAUGGGAGUUGGCAGUUUGAGUGGCAUCUUCCAAGGCAGCCGGGAGACCCCUAGUAAGAGGAAGGACUGAGGCGUUUGCAUUAUUUUUGUUGUUUGUUGUUACUGAUGUUGUUACUUCGGAGGUAGCUUGGAUCUUACCUCGCAGGAGAAUUCCCUACAUGCGAGUGGCAUACAUGACUCAGUGUAUCUGCCUGCAGCUCUCACCAAGUGCAUCGUCGACCCUUCGCGUGUGAUUUUUAUUUUUUCUCACCAAUAGUAGUAUUUCUUCGCUCUCCACCGCCCCGGCCGCUGGGAUACCGGUGUGUGUCCCCCGCGCUGUUGCCGCUCAGGUGCGGCGGAGUUGGCGAGGCUGCGGGAGGGACUCGUCGCCGCCGCCGCCGCGACCAUGGCAGCGCGGAGACGAGACGCCUCCGCCUGGAAGUGCUGUUGGGGAGUCGCGAUGGUUUUAUGCAGAACUGCACUCGCGAGGUCCAUCGUUUUAGACCCCAUUUACUGGAAUUCCUCCAACCCCAAAUUCCUUCCUGGACAAGGAUUGGUACUAUAUCCACAGAUAGGAGACAAACUGGAUAUUAUAUGCCCAAAGGUGGACUCUAAAACAGUUGGCCAGUAUGAAUAUUAUAAGGUCUACAUGGUUGAUAAAGACCAAGCAGAUAGCUGUGCUAUUAAAAAGGACAAUACACCUCUACUCAACUGUGCCAAGCCAGAUCAAGACGUUAAGUUUACCAUCAAGUUUCAAGAGUUCAGUCCUAAUCUCUGGGGCCUGGAAUUUCAGAAGAACAAAGAUUAUUACGUCAUAUCAACAUCAAAUGGGUCUUUGGAGGGCCUGGAUAACCAGGAGGGAGGGGUGUGCCAGACAAAAACCAUGAAGAUCCUCAUGAAAGUUGGACAAGAUCCCAACUCGGCAGGGCUGCCCCGGUACACGGAUCCCACCAAGCGCCCUGAGCAGGAAGCUGGCACCAAUGGGAAGAGCUCCACCACCAGCCCCUUUGUGAAGGAUCACUCAGGAUCUAGCACAGAUGGCAGUAAGGCUGGGCAUUCCAGUAUACUGGGUUCAGAGGUGGCCUUAUUUGCAGGGAUUGCAUCAGGGUGCAUCAUUUUCAUCGUCAUCAUCAUCACUUUGGUGGUUCUUUUGUUGAAGUACCGGAGAAGACACAGGAAGCAUUCACCGCAACAUACAACAACUCUCUCACUUAGUACGUUAGCCACCCCAAAACGCAGUGGCAACAACAAUGGUUCUGAGCCCAGUGACAUUAUCAUUCCUCUAAGGACUGCAGACAGUGUCUUUUGCCCCCACUAUGAAAAGGUCAGCGGCGACUAUGGACAUCCGGUGUACAUAGUUCAAGAGAUGCCUCCUCAGAGUCCAGCAAACAUUUAUUACAAGGUCUGAGAAACACACAGCCAACUCUGUGGUGCAGUUGAGUUGUAGAGGAAACUCGCUGGUCAAAUGCUUUCUGUUGGAGUUUGUGAUGACACCUUGUGCACUAGCAUUGACUCAAGCACAGGGCGGAGAAGGCGACAGCUCUCUCCAGCAGCUGACACGAGCUGGACAGCUUACCUAGUCUGUAGAAUUCCUAUCAGUGAAAAAGUAUUCACUAAAAGCUGGAAGACUUUUAUGUAGAAGAUGCCCAUUCUGAUUGCUGUACUCUUGUUACAUUCAUCAUCCUCAAAGCCAUGUGCUGCAGGCGUUCAGGCAUGUACAAAAGCCAAGGGAAGAUGGAGUGAUCUGUGGAUGUUAGUAGCUCUAGGCAUCCUGGGAAGGUGCUCUAGGAUAUAUCAAGCUUGAAAUGCAAUCUUCUGACUUUUGUGUGUCUCGGUGUGUACUGGAUUUGUCACACAGACCUUGGUGUCUAAGUAAGACUUGUUAAAGUUCUCUUGCUUUUAGUCUGUCACUGUUCCAUUUGUUUCUGUUAUCCAGGGCUCUGCCAUCCUUCACAUGAGAUUUCCUUUCACGCCACCUCCUGAAUCACUAAUGGAACAUUAAUGUUUGGAGAUCCAUGCUCCAUCCAUCUGCUACAGCAGCCUCACUCGAAUGGGUAAUGCAUUUGUAGAAAUCGUGUUUGAUAGUAAGGAGCCUUCCAGCCAAAAAGUUAGACUGUCAGCAAAGUCAAGAGCAGGACUGGGUGGUGGAGGGAAGGGCUGACUGCAGCUGCAGCUGAAUACUGCUGCCUCAAAAAUAGAAGCUGGGAAGAAAAAAAAAUUAAAAAAAAAAAGAAAAACAAAACAAAACCACAUUUAGGUAGCACAGCACUUUGGUAUGCUAAGUUUUAAGAGGCAAGUAGGAGACACAACACACGCAGUGGAUUAGGGCUGCAUUUGAAGGAAUUCAUGGUUAUCAAAUACCAGUGUGCAGAAAAAAAAUAAUACCUUCAAUACAGUAGAACAAAGGGGUAUUGUUAGUAAGUGAACAAGCUUGGAGAGGACAAGACAAUAGCAGGCCGCUGAGGAUAGAUUAGGGCAGGGCUGUUGUGGUACUGGCAAUAAAGUAUACAGCUUUGAAGCUGUAGCAAAAAUGUAGUCUGCUUUGGAUGACUUUUAAGCAGACUCAGCUGCUAUACUAUCACAUUCUAUUAAACACAGGGAAAGCGUUUAAGAAAAUAGCAGAGAGCAAAAUCUGAGCAAAAUGAUUGUAAGCCAACAGGUCAAAUGAGCUGUAAUUCUAUCACUGGUAAAGUUGUGGAAAGAAAAAAACCCAAACCAACCAAAAACCAAACUCAAACUAAAAACCUGACCUGUCUCAUCUCUAAAGUAAGACAGAAUUUCUUUCUGACUGAGCCUUUUGAUGCUUUGGUUUACUGUAGUGCUGUCCCUGCACAGUGAGUUUAGGUACUGUGACACAGCCGUUCAUUGGUGCUCUGUUGCAAGGUUAAAGCACAUAUGGCAAAUCUCUUGCAGUCCGUAAGAAUAAAAUAAAUUAUGACACUGAGAUGGAGAAGGAAGAUAAGUCUUUAUUUAUAAUAGGUGUAUAGAACACAAGGGAUAUAAAGUGAGAGUUUUUCUUUCAUUUGUUCUUUCUUACUUUUUUGUUUUGGUUUGCUUUUUUUACUAAUAUAUAUUUUGAGAUUGCACAGAAUCUACACCAGAAGAUGUGAAAUUCCUUUGCGGCAAUUAAAUACUCUUAACUUGUCAUCAUUUUGCAUAUAUGUGUGUGUGUGUGUAUAUACAUAGAUACACACAUAUAUAUGUUUAUAUAUGCAUAUAUAUGCAUAUAUACAUAUACACACAUUUUUUCUUUAAAAAGAAACUGCUUCUGGGAAAAACAUCAGCCAUCCAAAAAUAUUUAAAAAAAAAAGAAAAAAAGAUAUAUAAUCCAAAGCAUCCCAUAAAAGAAAACGAGGAAAUAUAAGGCUCAAAAUAUCAGGAAGUCAGUGUUACUGCAUCAUGUAUUUAACAGUGACAAGGCGUGCCGGCAUUUAUUUUGUGUAUUGUGUUUGCCUUGCCUUACAGGCUGAUGUGUUCUGUAGAUUUCGUUGAAGUUCGUAGAUGGGGGUUUCAGGUUAAAGUUUUCUCUUUAGCAUGGCUAUUCCCUACAGCUCCCACCCUGGGGAGGAAAUAAACUCUUACUUUUAUAUGUGCUAUGCAAAUAGACAUUUCUAACAUAGUCAUGUUACUAUGGUAACACUUUGCUUUCUGAUUUGGAAAGAAAAUGUAGCAACAGCAUUUGGGGAUCUCAGACCUCCAGUGAGCACCUGCAAGGGGAAAAAAAAAAAAAAAAGGAAAAAAAAAUCUGUCAUAGAAAUGAUCACUCUCUUUGUUUCCUGAACCUGAAAAUUAUGUUGGGAUGUUGGUCCAAAAGAGAGAAACAAAACAAAAAAAAAAA